CAUCUUCUACAAUCAGAUUCCCGCCCCCUCCCCCCGCGCAAAAGAAAACCCUGUUCAUCAAGCUUGCAACCUUUCCUUCUUGCUGAUGCUUCCCUUCAAUCAGACUGCAUCUCGGCUCCGUCCAAGUAUCUUGAAGUAUAGCAAUAAAGGAAGAUUUUUUGGGUUGUUGCAAUUUAUUACUGAUUUUGGGGUCAACUUAGCAAGAAGAUUUCACGGAGCACUAUCAGAACCUCAAAAUGGAAGAAGUGGUCAAGUACACGCUAGCAAGUUUAGCCAUUUUUCCCAGCCUGCCCUUAAUUUGCCCACUUCAAUCAUUUGGAAUACAGAAGGGGGAGAGCAAGCCAACGACUUGUUUUUAUCACUUUCUAACCACCAAAAUACAGAAGUUUCAUGCUUUUCUCAAAAGGGUUAUUCUCUAAUCACAGAAGAAAUUGUUGGCAGAACAGUUCAUGCCAUUUGCUUAAAGAGUUUGGUGAGGUUGAGUGUGUUCCAGACCAAUACAUUGAUCAAUAUGUAUUCAAAGUUUGGUCGUAUAAAAUAUGCUCGGUUAGUAUUUGAUGAAAUGCCUGAGAGAAAUGAAGCUUCUUGGAAUAGUAUGAUGUCAGGUUAUGUUCGAGUGGGUUCAUACUUGGAAGCAGUAUCGUUCUUUCGAGAUAUUUGUGGGAUAGGCGUUAAACCAAGUGGAUUUGUGAUCGCAAGUUUAGUCACUGCUUGUAAUAAGUCCUCUUGUAUGGCCAAUGAAGGUUUCCAACUUCAUUGUUUUGCAUUUAAAUGUGGUUUGAUAUAUGAUGUUUUCGUAGGUACUUCUUUUGUGCACUUUUAUGGUAGCUAUGGGAUUGUCUCUAACGCUCAAAAGAUGUUCAAUGAGAUGCCUGAUAGGAAUGUGGUCUCUUGGACUUCUUUGAUGGUUUCAUAUUCAGAUAACGGAAGUAAGGAGGAAGUGAUAAAUACUUAUAAACGUAUGCGGCGUGAAGGAAUAUGCUGCAAUGAAAACAAUAUAGCUUUAGUAGUUAGUUCUUGUGGGUUUCUUGUGGAUGUACUGUUGGGUCAUCAACUUCUUGGACAUGUUUUAAAGUUUGGAUUAGAGACUAAAGUUUCUGCUGCUAACUCUCUCAUAUCCAUGUUCAGUGGUUGUGGUGACAUUGACGAGGCUUGCAGUAUUUUCAAUGAGAUGAAUGAAAGAGACACAAUCUCAUGGAAUUCCAUCAUCUCUGCAAAUGCGCAAAAUGCACUACAUGAAGAAUCAUUUAGGUAUUUUUACUGGAUGCGCUCGAUCCAUGAAGAGAUAAAUGAUACAACACUUUCUAUUUUGUUAUCAAUUUGUGGCUCUUUAGAUUAUUUGAAGUGGGGAAAAGGGGUUCACGGUCUAGUAGUGAAAUAUGGACUAGAACCUAAUAUUUGUCUUUGCAACACUCUUUUAAGCAUGUAUUCUGAUGCUGGAAGAUCUGAAGAUGCAGAAAUGAUCUUUAGAAGAAUGCCAGAAAGGGAUGUAAUCUCAUGGAAUUCCAUGUUAGCAUGCUAUGCUCAGGAUGGAAGGUUCCUGUGUGCCUUAAAUGUUUUUGCUGAGAUGCUUUGGAUGAAAAAGGAGAUUAAUUAUGUGACAUUUACAAGUGCAUUGGCUGCCUGUUUAGAUCCUGAAUUUCUUACCGAAGGGAAAAUUCUCCACGGUUCUGUCAUCGUUCUGGGUCUGCAAGAUGAUUUGAUCAUUGGAAACACAUUAAUUACAUUUUAUGGGAAGUGCCAUAAGAUGGCUGAGGCGAAAAAGUUAUUACAGAGGAUGCCCAAGCAUGACAAAGUAACUUGGAAUGCACUUAUAGGUGGUUUUGCUGAUAAUGCAGAACCGAAUGAGGCAGUAGCAGCUUUCAAAUUGAUGAGGGAAGGGGGUACAUGCGGUGUCGACUAUAUUACCAUUGUAAAUACGCUCGGUUCUUGUUUGACUAAUGAGGAUCUGAUCAAAUAUGGGAGGCCCAUUCAUGCGCAUACAGUUGUGACAGGAUUUGAUCUGGAUCAGCAUGUCCAAAGUUCCCUUAUCACAAUGUAUGCAAAAUGUGGUGACCUUCACUCUAGUAGCUAUAUCUUUGAUAAAUUGGUGUUUAAAACUUCUAGUGUGUGGAAUGCCAUCAUUACUGCAAAUGCUCGUUAUGGAUUCGGAGAAGAGGCUUUGAAACUUGUAGUAAGGAUGAGACGUGCUGGAAUUGAAUUUGAUCAGUUCAACUUCUCCGCUGCUCUUUCAGUUGCUGCCGACUUGGCUAUGUUGGAGGAAGGUCAACAGCUUCAUGGAUCAACGCUUAAACUAGGAUUCGAAUGUGAUCAUUUUGUUAUAAAUGCUGCUAUGGAUAUGUAUGGGAAGUGUGGGGAACUGGAUGAUGCUUUAAAAGUACUUCCCCGGCCAACCGAUAGGUCACGCUUGUCAUGGAAUACAUUGAUAUCAGUUUUUGCCAGACAUGGACAUUUUCAUAAGGCUAGGGAAACUUUUCAUGAGAUGCUAAAACUAGGUAUAAAACCUGAUCAUGUAUCAUUUAUAUGUCUUCUUUCCGCAUGUAGUCACGGGGGGUUAGUCGACGAGGGUCUUGCAUAUUAUGCUUCAAUGACUUCUGAAUAUGGAAUUCAACCUGGAAUUGAACAUUGUGUGUGCAUGAUUGAUCUUCUUGGAAGAUCAGGAAGGCUUGUAGAAGCUGAAGCUUUUAUUGCAGAUAUGCCAAUACCACCUAAUGAUCUUGUUUGGCGGAGCCUUUUGGCUUCUUGUAGAAUAUAUUGCAAUCUAGACCUCGGAAGAAAGGCUGCAGAGAACCUUCUUGAGUUGGAUCCAUCUGAUGAUUCAGCUUAUGUUCUUUACUCGAAUGUCUUUGCAACAAUUGGCAGAUGGAAAGAUGUCGAAGACGUGCGGGGACAAAUGGGUGCACGCAAAAUUCAAAAGAAGCCUGCACAUAGCUGGGUCAAAUGGAAGGGAAAUAUCAGCAUAUUUGGAAUGGGAGACCAAACACAUUCACAGACGGACCAGAUCAAUGACAAGUUGUUAGAACUUAUGAAAAUGGUUAGAGAAGCUGGUUAUGUUCCUGAUACAAGCUACUCACUGCAGGACACAGAUGAAGAACAGAAGGAGCAUAAUAUGUGGAACCAUAGCGAAAGAAUUGCUCUUGCUUUUGGAUUGAUCAAUAUCCCAGAAGGUACUACUGUUCGGAUUUUCAAGAAUCUUCGUGUUUGUGGUGACUGCCAUUCUUUCUUCAAGUUUGUGAGUGGAAUCCUUGGGCGAAAGAUUGUAUUGAGGGACCCAUAUCGGUUUCAUCAUUUCACUGAUGGAAAUUGUUCCUGUUCCGACUAUUGGUAGUGAAGUUAUUCAUAACCUGAUCAAUUUCUGACUUCUCCAACGAUCAAGAAGGAGAUACAGGUGACCACUAGAAUCAUCCAAAUUAAAAAAACAAGGACAACUUAAAAUUCUUGGAUAGCUUAGGCCCAUUUGAUAGCCAUUUUUGUAGAAAUCCUUUAGAUUUUGAACAAAAAUCGGGACUUAGAAUUAUGUGAUGGUGAUCUAGAAGGAUGGUGUGAUGAUCCAAGUUUUUGUUCCACUAUUCGAAGUCUCUCAAAUUUUGUUCGAAAUACCGGAAGGUUUCUACUUUGAAAGUAAGCUUGAAACGCUUGUGAAAGAUCAAGGUAAUAUUGAAAUUUUGGAAAGAAUAUGGGCAAAGUUUAAAGAACAAACCUUUAGUUGAUGUAUGUUUGGAUGAUUUUUUUAUUUUUUCCCCUAUUUUUUUCAUCUGUUCCCCUGAUAGAUGUGUGUAGGCAAAAGCAAAACCUUGAAAAGCAGGAGAGAAGAACAGUGGCAGUAUGUGGUGAUCGGUUCUUGGCUAUAUCUAUCAAGAAGAGGUAACUAUUUAUUAGUCCAAAGGGCUUUAGAAUAUAAGUGGUUCUUUCAAGUUUUCAUUUCUUUGUAGCUGUCUCGUGACUUUCAAUGUUCCUUGAUAAUAAAGUUCAUGAAAAGAGAACAUUGUGCCUACUACUUUACCUUUCCUUCAACUUUCAAUUUUCUUAUUGAUAUCUUGGUUUCAUUUAAGUCGUUGUGAGAAUAUUUCAGGGGGGAAAAUACAUGUUUAUUCCCAGAUACUUACUCGAGGAGAUCGAACAACAACGGUAAAAAGGGAAUUGUCGGGGUGUUUGAUUACGAUGAUACAGAUAAGCUCUAAACUACCGCUUUGAGUUCGUUGAGAAAGUUGUUGCUAAGGAGAAAAUGGAGGGAAAGAUUGAAGCAUUAGAAGAAAAUUACUAGCAUUGAAAUAAAACUAUGCCACUCUUCUGCUUGCCUUUGUAUUCCUUUCGAUCUCUCUCGACGAAAGUUCGGUUUCUUGGAAAACGUUGUUGACUUUCAAUGUCUUGUGACAUAAUGCCUUUAUGUGAUGCAAAUUAGCAGGAUUUCAU